AAUACGAAAUACAGGAAGUCACUCUGGGAAACGGCGGAAGACGAACCGGGGAACAGGCAGACUUGGUGAAAGCUAAGUUGAAGUAUUCUGAAGUAGGACUAUGGCGCUUGGAGACUGUUGGAAACAGCUGUCCUGGUUUUAUUACCAGUAUCUGCUAGUGACAGCGCUGUACAUGCUGGAGCCCUGGGAGAGGACGGUGUUCAACUCUCUGCUGAUCUCCGUGGCUGCCAUGGCCAUCUACACUGGCUACGUCUUCAUGCCGCAGCACAUCAUGGCCAUCCUCCACUACUUUGAGGUUGUCCAGUGAGCCAUUUCCUAAGGUGUUCCACCAGUCCAGCCUUUCGUCCAUCCCCCUACCACAUCCUCCAACAACCCUCCAUUUGUCUGUGCUUGGAUACACGUCCCUGUUUGAAGUCGGACUGUCACAGAACUUCUGUCCUUAUGGAAUCCAGAUCAAAGGUGGAAGCUGGGGACACUGUGCCGGAGGCCAUUUAAGACUACAUCCAACCGCUGUGAGAGCGGACAUUGUAAGCAGUGUUUUACUUGGAGGAGAAGUGUUUCGUUUCAGCUGAUGUUUGCUUUUUCACCUUGACUCAAGUGCACUUUAGUGUUGGAGUGAUGCGUAGUUUGUUUUUGCUAUCCUCUAGUUGAAUUAACUCCUGUAGUUGUUUGACUGGCUGAGCAGGAUGAGAUCUUGAGAUCUUUAGAUCUGGAGCUUUCCAUCUCCUGUGACGAAGCUCAGCAUUCCUCCAACCUGAUCUGGACAAUAAAACCAUAUGCAGCAUAAAGCCUCUACAGGGAGAGCCUGGUUAGCUCUGUUACAGCUAGUUAACAACAAACAGAUGUUUCACUAUGAAACAUGAUGCUGUAGUUCUCUUUAUGGCACGCAAUCCUUAAUGUAGAUUUUUUUUAAUUUAUUUUAUCUUCUGACUUUUCUUUCAGAGUCAUUAUGUUAUAUUUUAUCUUUAUAUCUGGGUGUUUUUUAUUUUUAUUUUAUUUUAUUUUUUGAACAAAUAGAAUAGAUUGUUGCCAUACUCUGCAUCCAAAAAUUAUAGUUUACUUUUUGACUAUAAAGAAACAAUCUGCAAAAGUUUUAAUAUUUUUCUAUCCAUCAUGACUUUUCUGAUUCUUAACUUCAAAUCUAUAAACAUACGACAAAUAUCUGUAAAAUUAAUUCCACUAACCACUACUUUGAGGAAUUCUAGCUCUAGAGUGAAGCUAUUCAUAGAUGAAUUAUAAACUGUAAAAAGCUGACAAAUUCCUAUACAGACGAUAGAUCUAAGAAAUGUGUUGCAAUGAAAUGAUUAUGAAAAUCUGAUUGUCAAGAGCAAAAACAUCUCUUUGAAUUUCCAGUAACUCAAGAUUAGCAUUUUAAUAGAUACUUUCUAUUUAUGUUUGACAUGUAAAAAACAUGUUAACCCUCCUGUGGUCCAUUGAACCCCUCAAGUUUUUAACCUGUACGCAGUCCGGUGGGAUUGCAGUGACCCUGUGUGCGCUUCCCUGUUCUCUGUCAGGGCAAGACCACAGGAGGGUUAAACAAUUAAAGGUUUAGGUUAUUUUUCAGUUUUCCUUUUUUGUUCAUUCCAGAGAUGUAACUGUGGUCUUUGUAUUUGUUUAAUCUGUGAAAUGCUCCCACCAAUCCUCAGGCAUCGUUGUGAGCAGCAGUUACCUCCAUCUCCUUUUAAUUGUUUUGUUUGCAGGUAUCAGAGGAUGUUUUUGUGGUUAACUUGCAAAAUUGGACCAGAAUUUGUUUUCUGAGAGCCAAAGUUUGAGAGAAUUUGGGGUCUAUUCUCAGUCCAGUGCAGCUCCUUAUCUGUGUUCUCAGUGGGUCGUAACAAUCUGUUCCUCCAGCUUGGCACUUGAUCAACACAUCAGGAAGGAUUUAUUGGAAUGUUGAAAGGAAGGUUCAGUGGGAAAGAAAAUCAGUCAAAAUAAGGCCUAAUCUAAUUAAGUCUAAGCUAAUUUGUCCUUAUCACAAAAUAUCACAUGUUCUUUUUAGAUUUUGGUUGCAUUUAUUAGCAACAUAAACUCCCACUGUCACAGCUAACACUUUGUCUGCUAAAAUAUGUACUUUUCUUGAAUGUAUAUAUUCUUGUAUACAUAUUUGUAAAGUUUUGUAGUCAGAUAAUUUGACUUGAGAUGUUUUGGUGAAGUCAUUGUAAUACCAUUCUAUAUAUCUGAAAUGAUUAAAGUUAUACAGUACUUGUUUUACCUA